UACCUUGCAUUACAAAGAAAAAGAAAACAAACUAAGAAAUGGCUUCAUCAAAAUUUCAACUUGUUGCAAUUUUCGUGAUCUUCUCUCUCGUUGUCACAGCCCAAUCCCAAGAAAAAGAUAUAAUUGACGGACCAUGCCGCUUAAGAGGAACGUGCAAGAGCGACAACGACUGCGACACCCAUUGCCACAGGAGCACCGACCCUACACCUUUGGACGGCCACUGCCUCUUGGACAAUCCCACCGGUCCUGUUUGUUGCUGCUUAUUUGAUUAAAUCCACAUAUAUAUACAUCACCUUAUUUUAUUCUUCAAAUCUCUCCAUCGUAUGUUCCUUAAACUAAUGAUGCAAAGAUUUAUAAAUUACGUCUCAAUUAUAUGAAGUAAAAAGAGAAGUGAUUUUGUGAAUCUUGUGAUAUACAUAUAUUUCUUGGUUUGCCAUAUUAACUACUUGCAUGCCAUGAAAGUGUUAUCAUUAUAAGAGAAUGGCUAUUUGUGAACAAAUGUAUAACGUAUUUGUAACUCGUUUCUCUUAGUUUUAUUUCGCUCGAGAACUGUUAUCAUAUUAGAGGUUUGUUGAAUAUGAUGUAAUACAA